GGGGGCUGGGCCUGGGCAGCUUCGAGGCGUGCCUGAUCACCGAGGAGCUGGCGUACGGCUGCACCGGCGUGCAGACCGCCAUGGAGGCCAACAGCCUCGGGCAAAUGCCGCUGAUCCUGGCGGGCAACGAGCAGCAGCAGCGCAACUUCCUGGGCCGCAUGACCGAGGAGCCGCUCAUGUGUGCGUACUGCGUCACCGAGCCCGGCGCCGGCUCGGACGUGGCCGGGAUUAGAACCCGAGCGGAGCGGAAGGGAGACGAGUACGUGGUGAACGGGCAGAAGAUGUGGAUCACCAACGGCGGCAAGGCCAACUGGUAUUUCCUGCUGGCGCGCACGGACCCGGACCCCGCUGCUCCGGCCAGCAAAGCGUUCACCGGUUUCGUGGUGGAGGCCGACAGCCCCGGGAUCCACGUGGGGAGGAAGGAAAUGAACAUGGGGCAGCGCUGCUCGGACACGCGGGGCAUCGUCUUCGAGGACGUCAGGGUCCCCAAGGAGAACGUGCUCCUCGCCGAGGGCGCCGGCUUCAAGAUCGCCAUGGGCGCCUUCGACAAGACCCGCCCCCCUGUGGCGGCCGGCGCCGUGGGGCUGGCGAGGAGGGCGCUGGACGAGGCCACCCGGUACGCGCUGGAGAGGAAGACGUUCGGGAAGCCCAUCGUGGAGCACCAGGCCGUGUCCUUCAUGCUGGCCGAGAUGGCCAUGAAGGUGGAGCUGGCCCGCCUGGCCUACCAGCGCGCCGCCUGGGAGGUGGACGCCGGCCGCCGCAACACCUACUUCGCCUCCAUCGCCAAAGCCUUCGCCGGAGACGUGGCCAACCAGGUGGCGGCCGACGCCGUGCAGAUCUUCGGCGGCAACGGCUUCAACACCGAGUACCCCGUGGAGAAGCUGAUGAGGGAUGCCAAGAUCUACCAGAUCUAUGAGGGCACGGCUCAGAUCCAGCGCCUGAUCGUCGCCCGUGAGCACGUCAGCAGGUUUAAGGCCCAAAGCUGAGGCCUGAAUUUGAAGCCUGAAUUUGAGGCCUGAGUUUAAGGCCCAAAGCUGAGGCCUGAAUUUGAAGCCU